GGGGGGAGGGGAGGGGUGCGGUUCCAAAGAGGGGGAGGUCACGCGCGUAAUAUAUAAAUGGUAUCAGCAGAUUGAAUAAUAUAAAGAGAGAGAAUGGAUUUUUGUUAUUUUUUUUUCUCUCUCUUUCUUUCUUGUUUUUAAUUCUAAAAUGUCUUUUACAGCCUCCAGUGCUAUUCAUGAGCCGUCGUUAUCGUUGUCAUGCAGCAGUUUAGAUUCCAAUGAAUUAGGCAGCAUGUGGACUGUUUAUAAAUGUAAACCCUAUAGAACAAAAAGGUUAGAAUACAUGUCGUGGAGGCAAUGGCACCUUCAGAAUAAGCAUAAAGAAGUUGACAACAAAUCCACUCUCCUCUUGUCAGCUGCUGCCACUACUCAUGACGCAUAUUCACACGAGGUUCCACAAACCCAAAAAUGCUACCCGUCCACGAUCCAUCAUCACGCGAGCACUUCUCUAUCGCGUUCCUCCUCCUUUUGCAAAACAGAUGCUUUAGAUGAAGAGGAUGAUGAUGACUACUAUUUAUCAGAUGAGGAUAUUUAUGAGGAUGACGAUGAUGAAGAUCUGUAUCAGGAUGAUGUGAAUUAUCAUUUCGUCAAGGACUUUACAAAAACACAACCUAGACCAGCUACUCCACGUAGAUCUUUAUUAUCCGAUUUACUGCAGAGAGCUCCUUCUUUACUCUCAAAUUCAUCUUGCUCAUUCACAAGCAACAAUAGUUCAACCACACAGAGUUCGAUUCUACUGGACGACACUCAUCAGAAAAAUACCAAUCAUCAUACCACAGAGUGGAGAGAAUCAUUUCACGGUUGGUGAUAAUCUUUCCCCCUUUUCCCUAUAUAUAAAAUAAUAAAAAAAAUAAACAAAUAACAUGUACCCGGAAUGAACAAAUAUAGUGC